AUAAAUGACGUGCCGAGAGAGCGAGCGAACGCGCAGCCGGGAGAGCCGAGUCUCCUGCCUCCCGCCCCCCACCCCUCCAGCGCCUGCUCCUCCUCCGCUCCCCAUACACAGACACGCUCACACCCGCUCCUUCACUUGCACACACAGACACACGCGCGCUCACACGCUCCGCACACACACUCCACUCUCUCCCGCGCGCUCACACCCCUCUCGCCCGGCGCCUUCGCCCCUGUCGCGCCGCGCCGCGCCGCAGCCGGACGCCCCUCCAGGGCUCACUUUGCAACGCUGACAGAGCCGGCAGUGUCCGUGGAGGUGGGAAACGUGGCGACAUCCUACCCCCUGGUCGCAGUCGGAGACUGGACGCCAGCGGAACCUCUCGGCGGCGCUCUCCCAUGAGUUGGGAUCGCAGCAUCCCCCGCCAGCCGCUCACCGCCUCUGGGAGCCGCUGGGUUUGUGCACCGCAGCCCUUCCGGGACAGCAGCUGUGAUUCUCCCCCAAUCCAGAUUUCGGGGUCGCAAUCUAGAAACUCGCUCUAAAGACGGAACCGCCACAGCACCCAAAGCCUACUGCGGGAGAGCGCAGCCCGACAAGCCCGGGUGCUGAGCCUGGACCCUCAGCAGAGCGGGCCAGCACAGCGGCUGCUUCGCCUAUCCCGACGUCCCCGCCUCCUACACUCUCAGCCUCCGCUGGAGAGACCCCCAGCCCCACCAUUCAGCGCGCAAGAUACCCUCCAGAUAUGCCCUGCGUGCAAGCCCAAUAUAGCCCUUCGCCUCCGGGGUCCACUUACGCCACGCAGACUUAUGGCUCGGAAUACACCACAGAAAUCAUGAACCCCGACUACGCCAAGCUGACCAUGGACCUCGGUAGCACGGGGAUCAUGGCCACCGCCACGACGUCCUUGCCCAGCUUCAGUACUUUCAUGGAGGGCUACCCCAGCAGCUGCGAACUCAAGCCCUCCUGCCUGUACCAAAUGCCGCCUUCCGGGCCUCGGCCUUUGAUCAAGAUGGAAGAGAGCCGCGAGCAUGGCUACCACCACCACCAUCACCAUCACCACCAUCAUCACCACCACCACCAGCAGCAGCAGCAGCCGUCCAUUCCUCCUCCCUCCGGCCCGGAGGACGAGGUACUGCCCAGCACCUCCAUGUACUUCAAGCAGUCUCCGCCGUCCACUCCGACCACUCCAGGCUUCCCCCCGCAGGCGGGGGCGCUGUGGGACGACGAGCUGCCCUCUGCGCCUGGCUGCAUCGCUCCGGGACCGCUGCUGGACCCGCAGAUGAAGGCGGUGCCCCCAAUGGCCGCUGCUGCGCGCUUCCCGAUCUUCUUCAAGCCCUCACCGCCACACCCUCCCGCGCCCAGCCCAGCCGGCGGCCACCACCUCGGCUAUGACCCCACGGCCGCAGCUGCGCUCAGUUUGCCCCUGGGAGCCGCGGCAGCCGCGGGCAGCCAAGCCGCUGCGCUCGAGGGCCACCCGUACGGGCUCCCGCUGGCCAAGAGGACGGCCACGCUGACCUUCCCUCCGCUGGGCCUCACAGCCUCCCCUACGGCAUCCAGCCUGCUGGGAGAGAGCCCCAGCCUACCGUCGCCACCCAAUAGGAGCUCAUCAUCCGGCGAGGGCACGUGUGCAGUGUGCGGGGACAAUGCUGCCUGCCAGCACUAUGGAGUCCGCACCUGCGAGGGCUGCAAGGGCUUCUUCAAGAGAACUGUGCAGAAAAAUGCAAAAUAUGUUUGCCUGGCAAAUAAAAACUGCCCAGUAGACAAGAGACGCCGAAAUCGAUGUCAGUACUGCAGAUUUCAAAAGUGUCUCAGUGUCGGGAUGGUUAAGGAAGUUGUGCGUACAGAUAGUCUGAAAGGGAGGAGAGGUCGCCUGCCUUCCAAACCAAAGAGCCCACUACAACAGGAGCCCUCGCAGCCCUCCCCGCCAUCUCCUCCGAUCUGUAUGAUGAAUGCCCUCGUCCGAGCUUUAACAGACGCAACACCCAGAGAUCUUGAUUAUUCCAGAUACUGUCCCACCGACCAGGCCACUGCAGGCACAGAUGCCGAGCACGUGCAGCAGUUCUACAACCUCCUGACGGCCUCCAUUGAUGUGUCCAGAAGCUGGGCAGAAAAGAUCCCGGGAUUCACUGAUCUCCCCAAAGAAGAUCAGACGUUACUUAUAGAAUCAGCCUUUUUGGAGCUGUUUGUUCUCAGACUUUCCAUCAGGUCAAACACUGCUGAAGAUAAGUUUGUGUUCUGCAACGGACUUGUCCUGCACCGACUUCAGUGCCUUCGCGGAUUUGGGGAGUGGCUCGACUCCAUCAAAGACUUUUCUUUAAAUUUGCAGAGCCUGAACCUUGAUAUCCAAGCCUUAGCCUGCCUGUCAGCACUGAGCAUGAUCACAGAGCGACAUGGGUUAAAAGAACCAAAGAGAGUGGAGGAGCUAUGCAACAAGAUCACAAGCAGCUUAAAGGACCACCAGAGGAAGGGACAGGCUCUGGAGCCCUCGGAGCCCAAGGUCCUGCGCGCACUGGUGGAACUGAGGAAGAUCUGUACCCAGGGCCUCCAGCGCAUCUUCUACCUGAAGCUGGAGGACUUGGUGUCCCCACCUUCUGUCAUUGACAAGCUCUUCCUUGAUACCCUGCCUUUCUGAGCAAGGGAAGCCUGAGCAGAGAGCUACUUGCUCUGCUGGCAGCUGAUCAUUAAGUGAGCAAAAGGAUGGGUUUGAACACCUGCCACGCUGUCCUUCCUUCAGGGGAAAAGCAGCUCCCAUACGAAGCAAAGACUUUUUUUUUUCCCCUGGCACCUUUCCUUACAACCUAAAGCCAGAAACCUUGCAGAGUAUUGUGCUGGGGUUGUGUUUUAUAUUUAGGCUUUGGUGGGUGGGUUGGGAAGGGGUAAAUAGUUCAUGAGGCUUUUCUAAGAAAUUGCUGACAAAGCACUUUUGGAUGAUGCUAUCCCAGCAGUGGGGUGGGGAGAAAGGAUAAUAUAACUGUUUUAAAAACUCUUUCUGGGGAAUAUGAUUAUGGUUGCUUUGUAUUUAAAAAAUAAGAACAGCCAAGGGCUGUUCACCAGGGUAGGGCUGUGUCUUAAGACUGAUCCCUUUAGGAUAUACUUCCUGUGUCAAGGGUACAUACGUGGUGCAAACGAGGCAGAAAAUUCCCUUUUCUUCAUUUCUUUCUUCUUCUAAAAAAAAAAAAGUCAAAUGAUGGAAGAUUAUCUACAAAUCAGACUUAGCAAAAUGGUAAUGGCUAUUUGCUUCCAUAUACAAGUGCAAUUUUUUUAGAGUGCUGUCUUACUAAGUCUUGUUUGUGAACUCUCCCUUAUUUUGUAUGAAAAUAAGAAGGAGGCAGUCCUGUUAUCAAAUGGCACGCUCAUUUUCCUAGCUAAGGCUUGAUCCACCUGCCCUGUAGAACCCUUCGGAGGUGUGGCCCUUCUAAGACUUUCAGGCCGUUCUUGAUGGAAUUCGACCCCUGAUCACUAUCCAGCCGUCCUGAAGGGGGAUCGGAUUAUAAAAUGGAUUGCAUACAACUGUCUUCGCUGUGUUUUGUCAACCUGGACAGAGUUCUCUAAACCUUCUUCAGUUGUAGCAAGUUCCUGAUUCAUCCAUUCAGAAGUCCAAGGAGCACUGGGUGACUCAAUCAAGUGUUAACCCUAGGAGAACAAGCAGAUAAGUAGGAACUGGGUCAUACAGGGUAAGCACCAGAGAUGAUAAGGAUUUAUAUAUAUAUAUAUAUAUAAAAUUUAAUUUUUGUUAUUGGUUAGAGACAAUUUUGGAAAGCAAGAGAAUCAUCUUUUAAAAGAAAAGAAGAAAAGAUAGUAUUAAUGUGCGCACUAGAGAAGAUUAGUGGGUUGCGGUUCAACAUUCCGUGUUUGUGCCCCCUUUUAUAUGUUUUUACUGUUGAUGCCAUAUUAUUAUGAAAUAAUUUGUUGCAUAGUGUCCUUAUUUGUAUGAACAUUUGUAUGCACGUUAUAUUGUAAUAGCUUUGCCUGUAUUUAUUGCAAGACCACCAGCUCCUGGAGGCUGAGUUACAGAAUAAUCAAAUGAGGUGUUCGUGGUGACUUGGAUACACCAACUAGAAAUUAAAUAAGCAUAUAUAUAUAUA